GAGAAUAUCUUGUGGGACCGGAAGGAAGUGGAAACUCGCACAGCAGAGCGGUGCGCCGGCAAACUUGCGUGGUUAGAGAGCGCGUGGCUGCUUAAAAAGUCGCGUCGCUCGGAACCCGAGAUCAGAAGCGGCCUAAGGUUCGACCGACGUCUGUGUACGACGUGACUGCAUACUAUGGUGGGGAGAUCUCGGCGACGCGGAGCGGCCAAAUGGGCAACUGUGCGAGCCAAGUCAGAUCGCGGCGCAGUGGAGGACAAUGACGACUUAGAACUGCCACCCUCGCCUGGAGAUUCCAGCUACUACCAAGAUAAGGUAGAUGAUUUCCACGAGGCCCGGUCUCGGGCCGUCCUGGCUAAGGGCUGGAACGAAGUUGAGAGUGGGGAUGAAGAGGGUGGUGAUGAGGAGGAGGAGGUGCUACCCCUAGAUAUUGCGGAUGAGGAUGAUGAAGAUGGAGAAAGUUCGGAGGACGAGGAAGAGGAGGAGGAGGAAGAGGAAGAUGGUGGUGAUGAGAGCUCCGUGCAGAGUGAGGAUGAGGCCUCUGUGGAUCCCAGCUUGUCGUGGGGUCAGAGGAAAAAACUUUACUAUGACACGGACUACGGUUCCAAAUCCCGAGGCCGACAGAGUCAGCAAGAAAUAGAGGAGGAAGAAAGAGAGGAGGAAGAGGAGGCCCAGCUUAUUCAGCGGCGCCUCACCCAAGCCCUGCAAGAGGAAGAUUUUGGGGUCGACUGGGUGGAGGCCUUUGCAAAACCACUGUCGCAGGCAAACGAGUCUCAGACACGGGUGGUGAAGGAUUUGGCGAAAUUUUCCGUAAAAGAGAAAUUGAAGAUGCUGCGAAAGGAAUCACCAGAACUCUUAGAAUUGAUAGAAGAUCUGAAGGUUAAAUUGACAGAGGUGAAGGAUGAGCUGGAGCCCUUGCUACAACUGGUCGAGCAAGGAAUUAUUCCACCUGGAAAAGGAAGUGAAUACCUAAGAACCAAGUACAACCUCUAUUUGAACUACUGCUCCAAUAUCAGUUUUUAUUUGAUCUUGAAAGCGAGGAGAGCCCCGGCACAUGGACAUCCUGUUAUAGAAAGGCUUGUUACCUACCGAAAUUUGAUCAACAAGCUGUCAGUUGUGGAUGAGAGGCUGUCCUCUGAGAUUCGACAUCUACUCUCACUUAAAGAUGAGGCUAGAAAGGAAGAAUUAAAUCCAAAAGCAAAAUUCGCCAAGACUAAGGCAAAAUCUGUUUCAGCAACUGCUGCUACCUCUACUGUUAAGGAUCUUUCUGAUGACUCCAAUUUUGAUGAAGAAGCUGCGGUGGAAUACUAUAAAGAAAUGGAAGACAAGCAAAAAUUGAAGAGAAAGAAAGAAAAUAGUUCUGAAGAACAAGCUCUAGAAGAUCAAAAUGCAAAGAGAGCGAUUACCUAUCAAAUUGCCAAAAAUCGAGGACUUACACCUAGGAGAAAGAAGAUUGAUCGCAAUCCCAGAGUGAAACACCGGGAGAAGUUCAGAAAAGCCAAAAUUCGCCGAAGAGGACAAGUUCGUGAAGUUCGUAGAGAAGAGCAACGUUAUAGUGGUGAACUAUCUGGCAUUCGUGCAGGAGUUAAAAAGAGCAUUAAACUUAAAUAAAAGUUGCUUUAAUUUGGGGGGCAAUUUUAGAUGAAUAAAUUUUUACUGUUAACGUGA